AUAAAUUAUCAAUGUGACAAAUGUCAACGGUCUCAUUCUUUGAUUUGUGUUUUUAUUCUUAGAACUUAGGAAUUUGAUAAAAUACAUUCUUGAUAUGAAUUAGAGUUGAAGUGUUUUUUAGUUAGUGCUUAAAUUUGUUACAAGAGAAGAAUUGUUACAUAGGAAGAACACUCAAUUGAUAGAAAGAUGUCGCGUCAUCGAGAUAUAAGAAAUAUGGAUUAUUCUGAAGAUUACGAUGGUUAUGACGAUGUAUAUGGACAUUCUGUCGACGAUGAUAUCUACAUUUCACCAAGCCAUAGACAGUUCAUGUAUAAUAGAGAGAGUUCCGGACAGUCAAAAAGUGAUUUUCCAAUGGAGGAAGAUAUUCAGGAGGAAGAUGAAACUGACGAGGUGGUGAAAUUAUCUGAGGAAGAUAGAGCAAAAUUGGAAUCAUGUUUAGAUCAUGUUAGAUCAGUUUUUGCUCCUAUGAGAAUGUCUAGACCAGAAAUAGUGAAAGUUAUAAUCAGUCAAAAAUUUGAUUGUGAAAGAAUCAUUAACCAUCUUUUGAAAUCCCAAUCAUCACCACCAACAGAAAGGAGAGAUAAAGGUUUCCUUCCAUCUUCAACUACAAUACCAGCAAAAGUUAUAGUUCCCACAAGUGUCAACAUUAUUAAAGGUUUUGAAAUCGAUCCAUCAACUACAGCUUCAAGGUCUGAGUCACCAUCAUCUGGGAGGGGUACACCAGUUGUUAACCUGAAUCAGGAUACAGACGAGAUAAAAACUGGCAAAAAAGAUGUGAGGAUGACUGAAGCUCAGUAUAAGAAGGAACGCGGUGAUAUGAAAGAACACCUAUAUAUGAUUGUCAUUGGACAUGUAGAUGCUGGGAAAUCUACGCUGAUGGGACAUAUACUUUAUGCCAUGGGACACGUGAAUCAGAAGACAAUGCACAAAUAUGAACAAGAGAGUAAAAAACUUGGCAAGCAAAGUUUUAUGUAUGCUUGGGUUUUGGAUGAAACUGGAGAGGAAAGAACAAGAGGUAUAACUAUGGAUGUUGGAAGAUGCCAGUUUGAAACUAAGAGUAAAAUGGUGACUUUGUUGGAUGCGCCAGGCCAUAAAGAUUUCAUUCCUAACAUGAUAUCAGGGGCGGCUCAAGCAGAUGUGGCUCUGUUAGUGGUGGAUGCUACGAGAGGGGAAUUCGAAACAGGAUUUGAUUAUGGCGGUCAGACUCGAGAACACGCACUUCUAGUGAGGUCCCUGGGAGUUACCCAACUCGCUGUUGCUGUAAAUAAAUUGGAUACAGUUUCUUGGUCACAGGGUAGAUUUGACGAGAUCAUUGACAAAAUGAAAUCGUUUCUGAAACAGGCGGGAUUCAAAGAAUCAGAUGUAACAUAUGUGCCAUGCAGUGGGCUCACUGGUCAGAAUUUGGUACAGAGACCAACGGAGGAUAAUCUUUUGUCAUGGUACAACGGUCCAUGCUUAUUGGAAGUGAUAGAUGGUUUUCGCCCACCAGUCAGGCCAGUAUCAAAACCUUUCAGGUUAUCUAUUAAUGAUAUAUUCAAGGGGACCGGUUCUGCUUUUUGCAUUUCAGGCAGGGUUGAAACAGGUGCUCUUAAUGUCGGUGACAAGGUACUAAUCUGUCCAAACAAAGAAAUAGCUAGCGUUAAAUCUUUGUCUAUUGAUGAAUUAUUACAAAAUGUAGUAUUUGCUGGUGAUCAGGCUACUGUCACACUAUCUGGAAUCGACAUGCAGAAUGUGUCUGUAGGAAAUAUUCUUUGCGAUCCUCAGAAUCCUGUCCAGGUGGCUACUAAGUUCGAAGCUAGAAUCGUAGUUUUCAAUGUCACAGUGCCAAUCACUAAAGGUUACAAUGUUGUAUUGCAUCAUCAGUCUUUGGAGGAACCUGGUGUUAUCUGCAAGUUGGUAGCUGAACUGAACAAAAGUACUGGAGAACAAAUCAGGAAACACCCUCGAUUUCUUGGAAACAAUACAAGUGCCAUAGUACAAGUUCAAAUGUCCAGACCCAUUGCUCUGGAGCUUUAUAGCGAGUGCAAGGAGUUGGGGAGAAUAAUGUUGAGGCAGAGUGGAGUUACUAUUGCCGCAGGGUUAAUAACGAAAAUUAUACAGUGAUGAGAUACCUGAUAUGUGAUAUUGAAAAAUAAAUAAAAUAUUUAUCAGAAUAA